GUGUUGACUGUGGUUCAUAGGGCAACAAACAGCAGCGUACGCCGCCGGGGGACAUCAAUGGUGGAGUACGCGUCUAUUCAGGGAAAGGUCUGAGGAAGACCAUUACUGGGGCUUACAUGGAGAGCUGAAACUGAAUAUGAGGCUAACAUCCUUAAUGAUGUACAUAUCUCCGGUUCUGCUUGUUAUUUUCUAUGUAUAUAUUGGAUUUUCCGAAGCUGCACCUCGCAUCCGCCCCUACGAUGCGUCGCCUAUCACCAGGAAGCCCGGCUCAGCCUCCGACACCUGGGAGACCUUCCACACCGACAUGCCUCCUCCUCUCCCCGAGAGCAGGUCAUCUCCCGGGCCUUUAGCAGGACUCACACCGGCGCCUGCUAUUGUUUCAGCCGGCCCGACGACCACCACUACCAGCCCUAUUUCUAAAACUGCAACCACCUUCCACCCCCAUACACCGGACCCGACCACCGCCAGAGCUGCUACUACUACGACCACCACCGCCCUCGAUACUCGAUUAAUGUCGGCCACGAAAAACCAAAUAACAGCGCCGAUUUCCAGGUUAACAAGCAAGAGAUCCACGGAUGCUCAGACACCACUGUUCACCCCGGAGAAAGCGCUGCAGACCAUGGUGUCCAUGGUGUCCCAGCGCACAGCGAACGAUGCCUGGGCUGCAGAUAAUAUUGGCACCUCAGUAGAGAAUAGUCAAGAGAGUCUUUGUAACUGCAGCAGUGGUAGUGAGGGGAUUCUGGAUCCGGACGAGUGUGAUCAGAGCACCGGUCAGUGCUCGUGUCUGUCCGGCUACACGGGGCUUCAGUGUGACGACUGCGAGGAGGGAUACUUCACAAACGGCACCAGCGGAUGCCUGCCCUGCGCCUGUGACUCCUACGGCGCGGUGAACCCCCUCUGCGACAGCUCAGGGAUUUGUGUGUGCAAGACGGGAGUGUACGGACCCAAGUGUGAUGACUGCCACCCAGGUUUCUUCCACUUCAGCAGCACGGGGUGCCGGCCCUGCCAGUGCAACAACCACACCAACUACUGCCACCCCCAGUCAGGUGUGUGUCUGAACUGUGAGGGGAACACGCAGGGAUCCAACUGUGAGGAGUGUAAGCCUGCUUUCUACCGCAGCCCUGGACCCGGAACCGCCCUGACCGAAGCCUGUGCACCCUGUCCCUGCUCCAACUCCACCUCCACCGGCACCUGUCACAUCGAUCCCAGUGGCUCCCCGGUGUGUGACCAGUGCCUUCCUCGGUACAGCGGCCCGCAGUGUGACCAGUGAGCAGGUUUCUACAAAUCCUCGGGGGUUUGUGUUCCAUGUGACUGCAGCGGGAACGCAGACCCUCAGGGCCCCGUCCAGCUCUGUCACCCCGACACCGGCAACUGCCUUCGCUGCGUCAACAACACCACGGGGCCCCAGUGCCAGCUCUGUGCUGCGGGCUUCAUAGGGGACGCCCGAGCACACAACUGCACCCGCCCAACACCGCGGAUUGUUCCCACACCAGUUGCUGCAACCACAACAACAGAGGCCCCCACGUCGAGCACACCCCACCCCUCCACGCCCACCACCAGCACCACUUUGACCUCCACGGCGAGAGGCCGCCCCGCCUCCACGUCCAGCGGCAACACGAGCAACGCGCUGAGCACCGCUGCCACCACUCAGGCCCUGCUGACUAGCCUGAGCAGCCCCACUGACAACACCACGGCCGCCCUGACCGAGGUCUCCUGGACCCAGUUCAACAUCAUCAUCCUGGCCGUCAUCAUCCUGGUGGUGCUGCUGCUCCUGGGCUUUGUCGGAGGCGUGUACACCUACCGGGAGUACCAGAACCGCAAGCUUAACGCCCCCUUUUGGACCAUAGAACUGAAAGAGGACAACAUCAGCUUCAGCAGCUACCACGACAGCAUCCCCAACGCUGACGUGUCGGGCCUGCUGGAGGACGAGGCCAACGAGGUGGCGCCCAAUGGCCAGCUGGCCCUCACCACGCAGGGCAACUGCUACAAGGCUUAGCACGGCAUCUAUCCCAAGACUAGCACAGCCAGAUGUACCGACGACACAAAGCUGCUGGAAAGUACCAAAUCCAAAGCUCCACAUGUUUGACUGCUUUUUUUUGCCCUGCUGGUCUGCAGCACUUCCCAACACGUUUUCCAACUGACGGUGAGAUCAAGCUGGUCAAAGUGAUCAAAGACGGGGAAGAGAGAGAGAGACAGACAGACUUCCACUUAAAACAUUUUCCCAUUUUGAUAUGAUUUUUGUGUGGAAUUAGUGAAAUGGGUCCAAAGACAUAAGUGUUUUGUUGGAGUUGUGCCUGCAGAGGGCGCUGUUCUGCAGAUGAGUUAAGUGAUUGGCUUGAGUGCAGGUGCACACAUACACCUGUCUGCUGAAACACAAAGUUAAGAGGACUCGCGGGCAGCCUAGCAUUUCAGAUAUUUUUAAAGAAAAUGGACUUCAGACUGUUUAAGUUAUAACCGGAUCACUGGAGCAGUGGUCUUAAACCUGAGACAAUGAUUGUUAUUUAAUGAAUUUUUUAUUCUGCUAUUAUUUAUUGGUUGAUGUUUUCAUUCUCGGGAGAAAUGCUGCACAUGUAAGACGUGUUUAUUCAUGGUGUUUUAUCUGAUGUGCUGUCGAAAUAGUCAUUUGAAUUGGCCAGUAUGUUUUUUUAUGUAUAGUUUCUGUGAUUUUGGAGAGAGUCGUGGGGGGGUGUAAGGCUGCUGGCACGAGCAUUGUGAUGACCUCCUCUUUUGUUAAUAGCUUCCUGUCUUUUUUUUUUUUUUCUAAGUGUGCCAGCUCACCUUGAAGUAUCUUAGAGGAGUGUUUCGUUUUUCAGGAACUACUACAAACUCGCACUGCUGCAAGGGCAGUGACUCAUCCUCCUCGGCUCGCGGAACACCACCACAAUCGACUCGCUUAUCUAAUCUGCUCUUUGCUGUCUACCUCAGCAAAAGUUGAACAAACCAUUUACAAAUGCUUAUGUCAAGGGUUGGGUUUGUGACUCGGGUGUCCGAUGGUAAGAGCGUCCCAAUCUCCUACAAUCAAGUUGCAUCAGCUCAAAGAGGGAUUUGCUGUCGGAGUGAUGGACUCCAAAGCUUCCCUCCUGGUCCUGGACGCGGAUCCUUGUUUUAUGUGUUGUUUGGAUUAGCAUUGGUUGGGUGCGCUUCAUUUAACCACAGUGAAUGAGUAGAGCUAAUUAUGGAACUAACUCCUCAGGUACUGGCUCUUUCCCUAAUGUGAUCACUGUAAAUAUAAUUAUUGUACAGAUGAAUGUGAAUAGUAGCACUAUUAUUGUACAGCUAGAAUACUGUGUACACUGUCACUCGACAAGCUCCCGACCUUUCACUCUGUCCCGGCUGGGUGUGACGUCGCAGUCAGCCCACAGCUUUUUGUAAUUUCUAUUUGAUUUCUUAUUCUCAGCCGACUAUGCCAUGAACACAGCUGCAGGACUACAAAAUGCACCACCCACGUCACAAAACCAAGAAUACGAUGAUGUAAAUAAUCCCCCCAAAAGUCAAAGCUCAACUCUCCAAUAAAAAUGGGUUUAACUGUU